AUGGAGCCCUUGCCGUUUUUGCUGCUGUGGGGGCUCCCCCAGAUUUGGGGAAGUUCUGAGGUCCAGCAAAGGAAUCCCUCGCUCCGCUGCCUCCAGAUCUCCUCCUUUGCGAACAGCAGCUGGACUCGCACAGACAGCUCAGGGUCUGGUGCGCUGCAGACCCACACUUGGAGCAAUGAUUUAGAUACCAUCCGCUUCCUGAAGCCCUGGUCCCAGGGCAAGUUAAGUGACCAACAGUGGUAGAAGCUGCAGCAUAUAUUUCGGUUUUAUCGACGCUGCUUCUCGAGGGACGUGCAAGAAUUCGUCAAAAUACUGCAUGUAGACUAUCCCUUUGAGCUCCAGGUGUUUGCUGGAUGUGAGGUGCACCCUGGGAGCACAGCAGAAAGCUUCUUCCACACUGCAUUUCAAGGAAGAGAUGUCCUGAGUUUCCAAGGAAAUUCUUGGGUGCCAGCCCCAGAUGCCCCACAUUGGGUCAAGAAGGCCAGCAAAGUACUCAACCAGGACCAAGGAACCAGGGAAACAAUGCAGUGGCUCCUCAAUGACAUCUGCCCCCAAUUUGUCAGAGGUCUCCUUGAGGCUGGGCAGCCAGAACUGGAGAAGCAAGUGAAGCCGGAGGCCUGGCUGUCCAGUGGCCCAAGUCCUGGGCCUGGCCGUCUGCUGCUGGUAUGCCACGUCUCAGGAUUCUACCCAAAACCCUCAUAGGUGAUGUGGAUACAGGGUGAGCAGGAGCAGCUGGGCACUCAGCAAAGUGACUUCCUGCCCAAUGGUGACUUCCUGCCCAAUGCUGAUGGGACAUGGUAUCUCCGAGUAACCCUGGAUGUGGCUGCUGGGGAGGCAGCUGGCCUGACUUGUCGAGUGAGGCACAGCAGUCUAGGAGGCCAGGAUAUCAUUCUUUACUGGGAGGGAAGCCAUGUGUCUGCGGGCUUGAUCAUCAUGGCAGUACUGCUGUUGCUGGUGUCCCUCCUUCUGAUCGGUGGAGGCUUAACCUUCUGGUUUAAGAAGCAUAGCUCCUAUCAAGACAUCCUGUGA